CUAAGCUCGCCCAGCCCCCGCUUUCAACCCUACGGCCAAGACGAGUUAAGUGCUUGGGCGGUGGAAUUGGAAUUGGAAUUGGAAUUGGCUGUCAAUCGCAAUGGAGGGAUCGGACCGGAUCAUUUUGUAGCCACGGCAGCGCAAACUGUUAACUGGCGGCGCCUUUAGUUGUAUCCGCAUCUGAUUAUUGCCCUUCUCUCAGUCUUCUACCAAAUCAUGGACCUCGAUCCUCGUCAAUACGAAAACAUUGCUAUAAAUGAUAAUGACAUCCACAAUAUUGUUCUGUCAUAUCUUAUACAUAAUUGUUACAAAGAAUCAGUAGAGUCAUUCAUUGCUUGCACUGGGAUGAAGCAGCCAGCUGAUUAUUUGGAAGGCAUGGAGAAAAGAAAAAGAAUUUUUCACUUUGCACUCGAGGGAAAUGCGCUUAAGGCUAUUGAGCUAACUGAACAGCUGGCGCAGGAUAUUCUAGAGAACAAUAAGGAUUUGGAGUUUGAUCUUCUAAGCCUUCAUUUUGUCGAGCUUGUUUGCUCUAGGAAAUGCACAGAAGCUUUGGAGUUUGCUCAGACCAAGUUGAGCCCUUUUGGAAAGGAGCCCAAAUAUAUGGAAAAACUCGAAGACUUUAUGGCUCUUCUUGCUUAUAAGGAACCAGAGAAAUCCCCGAUGUUUCAUUUGCUUAGCUUAGAUUAUCGGCAACAGGUUGCGGAUAGUUUGAACCGAGCUAUUCUUGCACACUUGAAACUUCCGAGUUACACAGCAAUGGAGAGGCUAAUACAGCAGGCUACAGUGGUACGACAGUGCUUAAGUCAAGAGGCCGGCAAGGAUGGGCCUCCACCCUUUUCCUUGAAGGAUUUUCUCAAAAGUUGAUGGAGAACUAUCAAAUAUCCAGAGUCAAUUGGGGAAAGAAGCACGUUUACGUUAAGCCUUUGUUGCCAAAUAUUGGAUUAGUGUAUGGUUUGAUCAUGGGUGUAAAGUUUUUUUGAAUGCCUGUUCAUUUAUAAAUUCUUUAUUGGCAAGCUAUCUUGAUCUUUAUGGUCUUCGUCCACUUUUGUGAGGCAUAAGUGAUCCAUGAGUGACCAUGGCGAAAUUUGCAAUCCAUACCGGAUUGUGAUAGUCCUUCCUUUUAAGGCAGUUGUUCUAAUCUGUGGCCUAAUGUCACCCGUCAUAAUUUUCAUUAUUUUCAAUCCAUUGUGAGGUUGAGCCGACAAACAAAACCAAGCAUCAUAGUUUUGCCUAAUUUAGAUUAUGCUCAAUCCAUUGUGAGGUUGAGCAGCCAAAACCAAGUAUAUAUAUUCUCAUGCUCUUAUAUUUGAUGUAAAGUGCAUCUGCAUCAUUUGGUUACAUGUAUGUGAUGUGAACGGAAGGUUGAAGACAAUUUUAGUGUCUGUGACUCUGUGAGUUGUGACUUCAAUCUCUUUUGUCGGUGUUGGAAGUAUCAGCGAUUGGUAUAUUUGUAAACUUUUUUUUUUUUUUGUAUAUUUGUAAACUUUGUGCGUGUACGAAAGC